AUGCGUAAGCUUUCAAUUUAUGAAGUUGUUGCUAAAAAUGAUUACGUGUUUGACACGACAGGAGUAGUUGUCAACAGCCAGGGGACGACAGAUGCUCCCGUGGUGCCCGGCAAUGGUACCGGUGUAACGCUCAACAUCACAGGCGACCACUCAACCGGAGCUCCCACUGCCGCACCACUACCGAGCAAACAGCACAUUUUACUGCUGGAACUCAUGGCUACCGAGUCGGACUCAUUCAAUGUCAGCAUCGCAAACCUUCUCGACAAUUACAAUGAUUUAGAACUCGAGGAGUUACUGCAGUUUAUAUACUACAACGACACGUACAUUCUCAGCCCGGACCAGCGGCCGGAUAUUAGCAGCUUCGACAUAGCCAUCCGCAUCAUGUCUGCCAUGCUAGACGUCCUUGGGGAGGAAGGUGUCGACCCCACCCCGCGAGAGAUCCUCUGCACAUACAUCUACGUCGGCGACUUGACUAACAUGCUGUUCGAGGAGACCAGCCUAACUGAUUUCAGUGAUUUCGGAGAGCUCAAAGGGCUAGUGACGUAUAUCAUUGAGAUUUGCGACGCUCUAAUCAAUCCGGCUAAUCACGAGGACUGGCAGGAAAUCAGGAAGGUGUUCCCAGCCUUCGCGUCUGUAGUGGGCACUGUUGACACCCUGUCUAUCUUUCUAGCGAACGUGUUGGAGACACCAGGAAAAAUAUUUAGCAGCGUCAACAACAUAGAAUAUAAUCUCGAAAAGAAGGCUUGGAGCAAAUUCCUGGAGGGUGACAUUUUCUUCGAAUUUGACAAAAAUGAAGGCAUAGCUGUGCCGCUGGAUUAUCUGCGGAUGAUGGAAUUCGAAGUAUCUGACGUAGUGACACUGGUUGGUGUUCGUUAUCGCAAUAUCAGUGAUAUCAUGGGUACCAACCAAACGGGAGCGUCUUGUGUUACCGAUAUCAGAGGAAACAGCACAUUUAGGCCACGAGUGCUGUCGGCGGAUGUAGUCUCUCUUACAGCCGUCAAGGAAUCCGAUUUGAGUCAGACAUCAAUAUCACUGACAUAUAGACUGUAUCACGAGGAACAGAUCAAGCCCCAUCAAGAGGCAAUUUGCGCUUUUUGGGAUUUCACAGAUCAAGUUGAUGAAGGCGGUGUUUGGAACAACGAGGGUUGCUCGCUGGUUGAAAGCAGCUCCAGCCCAGACACCACGCUCUGCGUGUGCAAUCACACCACCAAUUUCGGUUUGCUUGUUCUCGAUUCUGAGGAGGAGGUGAUCAGCUAUCAUUUUAUCAUUCAUACCUGGCUAAUGACUGUCGGUGGGGGCGUUUCAGCUGUCCCGUUAGUCGUGAUUCUAGUCAUUUUGAUAUACCUCAGUAAUCUAAAUAGUCGGCGUCGGAUGGCACAAAUAAGUUUUAUCCUAUGUUAUCUCAUCCUGAUGUUGCUGUACGCCACAGCUAAUCUUGCAGAGCUCAAUCAGUGGGCUUGCAUGGGAUUUGGUCUGGCGUGCCACCUCUUCAUUCUUGCAGCCUCGUUCUGGCUGUUUGUGAUUGCAACGCUCCUCUUCACCAGGGUGACCGAGUUUACCAAAGGGGAGGUUAAGACCUGGCACUGUCUUUUUAUCGGUUGGGUUUUACCGAUGGUGAUUGCCGGUGGCAUAGGCGGUUGGAAAUGGGCACUUUAUGGUAGAGGAACAAGGUGCUGGCUAAACGCUGGUGACGUCAUCAUCAGCGCAACUUAUUUCUACCCGCCAAUCGUCACCAGUGCGGCGACACUCUUUAUGCUACUCUUCUCCUUACGAGCCAUUCGGCUGUCACAGAAGCACGCCCUCUUUGUCAGGGAAAAGGAGGAACUCGAUAAAAUUAAGGGUACAUGCCGGUGUUUUGUUGCCGUCCUCGUGUCUGUUGAUCUUACCAUUUUCACUGGCAUGAAGUCGUUUGAGAUGGAGAUGCUAGGCUACGCGUUUGGUGGUUUACUCUGCGUUCAGGGUCUUGUUGUUCUUCUUGCAGAGUUAAUUCUUAAUUCGGAGAUUAAAGUUGCUUGGAAAUUAAAAAAGGACCCUCCAAUUCAGAUCAAGAAUGAGGAUGAAGAUUGUGAUGACGAUCUUGACAUAAAGCCCAAAUGGAAAUUAAACCUGGAUGCCUCUAUGACUGUGGAUGACUAUGAUGAUGACGACAGAGACAUCUACUCGGAAGUUUCGUCUCGCCCAGGAACAAGUCGAAGUGCGAUUACCGUGGGUGACAUCCAGUAUGAAGAGGCUAAUUACACAAGAAACACCCUCCGACCGACAAUGAUCCCGCCGGGCGGAGGGCGCCGCAGCCCGCGACGCACCGAGGGUAGGCGAACUCCGAGACGUAGCGCCGAUAGCCGAACUCCGAGACGCAGUGCCGGUAGCCGGACCCCAAGACGGAGCACCGGUAGCCGGACCCCCAGGCGCAGCGCCGGUAGCCGGACCCCCAGGCGCAGUGCCGGUGACGGGGCCAGCCAGGGCAGAAAUUCUGCGGACGGGACAAAACGAGGUGGUUUCAUGGAGGAGUUCCCCGUCAAGAUGAAAGGGAAAGGUGGCUACGGGACCACAGACUACACCAACCUCAUUACCAACUACGGAGGAGGGAAGAAGGGCGAUGUCUCCAACUUACUCCCCAAGCCCAAACGGACCAGCAUACCAGGCUCCAUCGACGACCCCGAGGAAGACGUAAAGCACGCCAGACAGCUCAGCCCUGCCGGCAGGAAAUCGGCCGACGGACGGGAACCAUCUGAUCUCGGGGAGAGGCUGUCCCCCGAAGGAGGCUACGGGGAAGACAACGACGGGUAUCAGGGAGACGAUGGGGAUUACGACGACGAGUAUAACGAGGGAGCCUACGACGAGGAUGAGUACAAUGACGGGGAAUAUGAUGACUACUAUGACGAGAACUACGAUGAAAAUUAUGACGAGAAUUAUGACAACUAUGACGAGAAUUAUGAUGAGAAUUACGAUGAUUAUGGUUACGACGAAAAUGAAGUGUGAGGAAGAAGCUUCAUAGAGUGGUUCAAAGUGUUUCCUCGUAAACCCACUGAAAAGAAACCUUCACAACAGUCACCUCCAUUUUGAAAGGUCAUUUAACUUGUCGGCGAAGUGACAUAAACAUGAUGAAACAGUCCUGCCAAACUUGAUUCGGUCUGAUUGAUCGACUCAUCAUUGACUCAUCAUUGAAAAUUUACAUUGUAACUCUCGUCAUUAUAAUUAUAACCAUUAAAUGAAAAGUAACUUCCCGUCCAAAAUUAUGCAAGGCGUUGUUUUCUUUCAAAUUCACUCCAAGCAUCUUUCUAAAUAUUCCCUAAAAUAGGUACCGGUGUGUUACAUUAAUUUUACUUGCAUUCCCUACUCGAUAGUGACCCUAAUAUUUCAACAUGUCAUUCAGGUUUUAAGGUUUGUUUCCGGAUUUCCAUUAUUCUUUUUUUCAGCCCUAGUCAUGUUAUGAUAUACCUCUUCCCGCCCCUACAUGGCGCAAACUUCACAGGAAAAGGAGCUGGGAAUAGUUUUUGUUGGAGGGGGAGGGGGGUAAAAUCGCAUUGCCAGAUUUAUCUGUAACUAGGAGAACGUCAACAAUAACGUCUUCCCUCUAAAGCUCCAAGCACCGGUGCGGUUCCACACUGUACACCAGCCACUACGGGCGUUGCUAUAGAGGUGGAGUGUCGGGGUUAUCACACCCCGUUUGGUUACUUUUGUCGGCGAAAUCAUGGUCUGUCGGCAAAAUAACAAAAAAAAUGAAGAACAGAGAAUGAAGAUGAAGGGAAGGGGAAUACAGUACACUCGCAAAUUCCAUGUGGCACCCCACCCCCAUACAAAAUGGUCUAGCGACGCCCGUGCCAGAAACAAAUUAUAAUUUUCAAAGGUAUGUUUUAUCUGUUACUGUUUUCCAAUCGGAUUCAAAUUUUAGGAGACGUUAGAUUUUGUUGAAAUGUUUUGCCAAAUAGUAGGGAAUUUCUCAAUUUUUUUGGGACAGUUUAAGGCAUUUAAACAAAAAAUAAGGGGAAUUAUUCUCAAGAUUUCCUUCUUAAUUUAUCUUUAAAGAAUUAGCUAAACGUAGUCAAUGGUAGUUUUAUGUACAUAAUUAUGUAGAAAAUGUAUCGAUAAAGGUGUACAUUGAUCUAUAGAUGUUAUUGUUUGCAGACCAUUUAUGUCCUCAAAUGAGAGUUAUGUGUGUUAACUGCUGCUUUCUAGAAGUGUUUCUAGAAAAAAGUGUAUAUUAAAGAAAGAUAUUAGCGAUAAAACUAAAAAUAGAUCUGCAACAAACAAAAAA